AUCGUCAAGGAUAAAGAUAAUAAAUGAUCAUCAUCCUUUCUCUAUAGCCAUCCAAUUUGACAAAAUCACUUAUUAUCAUAUUAUUAUGUACGGUGGUCAAACUAUAGUCAUAAACAAUAUGCUCAAAACCAACACCUCCUUAUCAUCCAUAAUGUCUAUAAAAGCAUACCUUAAAUCUAUGAUCCAAACACACCAACAAUACCAUUAACAAUGGCUUCUUCUGUCAUAAUCUAUUUUCUCCUUCUUUCACUAUCCCUUUUCUCACUUUCUUGCUUAUCAGCACCUCAAACUCCUAACACAAAACCACACCCUUUCAUUCUCCCUAUAAACAAAGACCCUUCAACCAAUCUAUUCUAUACAUCACUUGGUAUAGGAACUCCUAGAAAAAACUUCAAUCUAGCCAUUGAUCUUGCAGGAGAAAAUCUUUGGUAUAACUGUGAUACUAAUUACAAUUCAUCAUCUUACAUUCCUAUUGCAUGUGGCUCAAAACAAUGUCCAGAUGUUGCAUGUAUUGGUUGCAAUGGUCCAUUCAAACCAGGCUGCACAAAUAAUACAUGUCCUGGUACAGCAUUCAACUCAUUAGCCAAAUUCAUAUUUAGUGGUGGACUUGGUGAAGAUAUCUUAUUCAUUUCUCAAAACCAAGUUUCUGGUUUACUUUCUAGUUGCAUUGAUGUUGAUGGUUUUCCAUCAUUCACUGGAGAUGAAUCACCACUCAAUGGUUUACCAAAAAACACUAAUGGAAUUAUUGGUCUUUCAAGAUCAAACUUUUCAUUACCAAUACAACUUGCCUUGAAAAACAAGUUACCACCCAAAUUUUCUCUAUGUUUACCUUCUUCAAACAAACAAGGUUUCACUAACUUGCUUGUUGGAUCAGUUAGUGGUGACCCUUUUAAGGAACUUUCCAAAUUUGUUCAAACUACACCACUCAUUGUUAAUCCUGUUUCAACAGGUUCCGUUUCUGUUAAAGGUGUUCCUUCAGAUGAAUAUUUUAUUGAUGUGAAAGCUAUUAAGAUUGAUGGCAAUGAUUUGAACUUGAAACCUUCUUUGUUGUCUAUUGACAAAAAGGGAAAUGGUGGCACCAAAAUUAGUACCUUGAUUCCUUUCACUGAAUUGCAAAGUUCUGUGUACAAGCCGUUUAUUCGUGAUUUUCUCAAGAAGGCCUCAGAUAGAAAACUAAAGAGAGUAGCAUCAGUGGCACCAUUUGAGGCAUGUUUUGACUCAACUAGCAUUGGAAAUUCUGUGCCAAGAAUUGAUCUUGAGCUUCAAGGAGGAGUGCAGUGGACUAUUCAUGAAACCAAUUUGAUGGUUAAUGUAAAGAAGAAUGUAGCAUGUUUGGCAUUUGUUGAUGGAGGGACAGAGCCAAAGAUGUCAUUUGUAAAAGCUUCAAUUGUCAUUGGUGGACAUCAAUUGGAGGACAAUCUUUUGGUGUUUGAUUUGGCUUCUUCAAAAUUGAGCUUUAGUUCCUCACUUUUGGUUCACAAUGCAAGCUGUUCCUAAAUCAUAAUCUUGAAUUAUUGGCAUAGGCUUAUUUUUUAAGCAUUUAGAUUGGUCACAUUGAAUGUUGAUGCUUCUAUUUCAUACUUUUCUCGGCUUUUGUUUGUAUUGUUGUGUAAAAUAAAAUUGUUUUGUCAAUUUAUUUGACACUACAUAUGAUGUAAUGCUUCUUAUUUAUAUGAUGUAGUAAUUGUAGUUAAGAAAA